AUGGUAGCACUGUACAACCACACGAAACAGACCGAAAAACUAAGGAAUACUCAAAAGGAGGGACUUAGGAUAAAGCAGAUCAAGCAAAACACCAGAUAUGCAAUAGUGCUUGUAACACUUUUUGGACUAGGAUGGGUUUUCGGACUUUUUGUGACUGGCUACCCUCAAGCACCUAUGGAAGUGACCUUUACAUUGCAGUUUGGAUUCUGCUUGUUCGUCUCCACUCAAGGAGUCUUGCUUUUUGUGUUCCAAGUACUUUUAUCACGAGAUGCUCGGGAUUUUUGGCUUAGCAAACUUGACAUAUGUUUCCCAUCCAUCAAGAAAUAUCGCAUCUCGGAUCCAAAGAAAGCAAAGCAUGGUUACAAAAAGAAAACCAUCAUGAAACGAGUUACUGGUCUCUUCAAAACUCCAAAGCCUGACGAUAUUUUGAAAUCGACUGACCACACGUUUACCACCAUGGAAAGAGGCGGCCACAUGAGCUCUGGGAUAACAGAAAGCUUUGAAGCAAGUUACCACACAACCACACUUCCGCGCCCGAGAACCUCUCCUCUUUAUACAGCACCUCGUUAUUCCACUGCUGAGAGUAGUGCUAUUGCAAGUGAAAUGAAAAGUACUGGGGCUGAAUUACAUCUUUCAGAUAUUGAUUUCGACAAACUAAGUCUACAGGACGAUUUUUGA